AUGGCCGACGUGGUAGGCCAGGAAGGACGACGAGAGGAUGAAGAUGGUAAGAUUGAAGGGGAGCAAGACCUUAAGAUACCUGUUCCUAAGGCAUCAUGUGACUAUGUAGCAAAAAAGAAGAUAAAUCAUAGUGUCAGCAAUCUUCCCCCUACAUCAGUAACACAAAGAUUGUCUGAGAAGAAAACGCUGGAGGCAACCUCACUCACCUGUGAGCUCGCCAUUUCACUUCACGCUCGCGUCAUCCAGAUCAGAAAGAUAGAGAUAUUGAGCUCGUACUGUCAGAGAUACGGACUUCACAAGGACAAGCCGAACGUCGGCAGGCCUCUCGCUAAGAAACCCGGACUCCAAGCAACAUGA